AUUAAACACCGAAAUGACAGUUAAAAGGACACUAGUUACAGUAGAAGAAAUUUCUAAAAAGUUAGACAUUCUCAAUAUGAACGUGAGCAAGCUUAUGAGAGCUAUAAUACCCUCAGAAAAGAGAAUUUCGCGUCCUGAGAGAAUGCCAGCAUUACCUUUGCACACAAAACAACAUUUAAAAGAAUUUGAGACUUUUUUACAGGCGGAUCAUAAUUUGGCUGCUGCUUGUCACUACAUGUCUAAUCACAUGAAGCUGAGCGCGAAGAAUCCCGAAAGAAAAAGUGCAACAAACAUGCUAACAAAAUUACUCUCUAACACACUAGCAGGUGAAAUAAAUUGUGACGGAGGUAACGGGAAAAUAGCUUUCAAAACUCUCAAACUAUACAAUUUGUUUCAAGGAGCUCUUCAAAUAGCAUUUCCGGAUAGUGAUCUCACUGAAGCAGAUGCAGCCUUGGCUGGGUGGUUAAAAGAUGCAAAAUGGCGUAAGCAGCGUGACGGCAGCUUGGGAAAUAGAAAUAAGGACUCGCAGAAGAACAAGUAGUUUCUUUCAUGAAUAAUAAAUUAAAAGAGCUUUAAGUUUAGUUAUUAUGAGUAAUAUAAACUCCUCUCGAGAAACUAUUUUGUAGAGAUUGAACAGUAUGGGAUUAUAUGUACUUAAUUAUUACUUACCAAAUAAUAGGACUUUUGAUGAGAAUCUACUUUGAUAGAUUAUUUUGUUUUACAAAGAAAGUCAUUUAUGAUUAUUGUGUUAUUUUGGUGUUUAGAAAAAAUACU